UCUCACGGGGAUUAUUGUCACUAGCAGUGAGUGUGAGGGCUCAGUGUGGGGUGAACGCUGCUCCAGCUGCACUCAUGUCGCCCUGCGCCCCUCUGCUGCACGGGUUCACACUCUGCUACUGCUUCACUCUGCUGCCACUCUUCAUCUCACCAGCUGACGGGCUGCAGUGUUAUGCCUGUAACAUCGUCCAGGGUCAGAGGUAUGUGGACGUAGGGUGUUCCAGCCCUGAGGUCAUCACCUGCUCCCAUUCCCACAAAGGCUUCAAGCAGCGCUUCUGCAUCAGAACAGAGAGCAUUACAUUAGGCAUCAUGCUGACCAGUGGAUGUGCCACAUCACGACACUGCCACACAGAGGAGCUCCCGGGAGUAAGGAUACACUGCUGCGAUUCGGACCUGUGCAACAGCACCUCCUCAUUGCACACAUCCUCAUUGCAGGCACUGUGUUCACUGAUGGUCUCUUUGGCAGUCCUGUGGAUACAGCUGUGAAGUCAGCAGAGCAAAUUCAAACUUUUUCUUCCAGACAGAGCAGAUGUCCUUAUUUCCAGUACUUGUGGAAUAAAUCAGUGGAUAGACACUGCAUCUGUGAUAUUACCGACACACUGUUUCAUACCAAGUCCACAAUUUUUAAUUCAGUAUGGAAAGACUCAGCAAAUCUGCUGCACAAUCAACAGCAUAUGUUUAUAUUUUCGGCCAUAUCUGGUUUUGAAUGAAUGAUACAUUGUAUGUGAUUGCCUGUUGACAAUGCAGGCUACUUAGCUGCACUUGAAUGGGAAUAACACCAGUUUUAACACCAGCCAAAAUAAGUCAGUUUUUAAUAUGUAAGCAACAUCAUUCAGAAAGAACUUAUUUGAAAAGGUGCACUGCAGUGAUAAGUACUCUGAAUUAUUUACAGUGGUGGUGAUAGAAAUCAGGAGUCGGAAUGCAAACGUGCAUUUUGUUUACUGUCAUGGUAAAAUAUUGGUAAGUUUGGUGAGUUUUCUUUGGAUGCCUUUUUGACAUACAAUGGUCUGCAUGAACCUCUUCACACUGAAUGGAUUUUAAAAUCAUGUUUUAAUUAAAAACUCCUGCCCUCCUGACAAAUCUAUCAAGCAUCUCCUACACCAAGCGCAUUCAUCACCAUUUUGUGUAAUAACUUCCUGAGAGGGAGCUUUUAGAGGCAUUAACUUUUUGAAAAUCUGGUUCCUAUCACCACCAAUUGGAGCACUUCUCUAGAACAGCGUUUCAUCAAAACAUUUUGAAUGCUUACAAUGUUAUUAGUGAAUUAUGUCGAAUUUUUGUGGAAUUCAGCUCAAAAUGCAGAUCAGUUUAUCAAUUUUCUGUUCUCAGAACAUUGUAAAUGUAAGGUUGUGAGAAGUUGGCUGGAUCUGUGUGAGUCAGUAAGAAAAGCAUUAGUCCAGUUUUAACAUAAAAAUGUCAUUUACCUUUUAGCUUAGCCAGUAUUCUCAGUGGCAUUUCUUAACCUUUUAACUUUAUCCUGAGCCAAAGUCCCCUGUAGGCACCACAUCUAAUGCCCUCUACCUGUCCAGACUUUACUUAGGACGCUGCCCUAUGACACCAUUGCCACCAUAAAUCUAAAAUGAUUACUAAUAUACUGCCAUCUAAAGGCAAAAUAUCACAACUGCAAUUUCUGAGUUAAGACUGAAAUCAGAUAUCAGAGGUUCAGCCGCGUGCUGCUCUUGGAGCAGCUAUGCUUCAUUUUAAUUACAACAAUGUAUGAAAGCUAAAUAUGAACAAUAAUUUUUGUCAUUUCAAAAUGUCAACAUCAGUCACACUUUGGUCAUUAAUAAAGGCUACA